UGAAGGAGAUGUUGUCAUUGAUCGUUUCCUGGGUUGGUUGUGAGACGGAAACUCUACACCAGGUGGUGGAGAACCAAAGUGUUAGGGUAAAACCUCUACCCACACAGCCUGGGCACAAAGUGGGCAGGAGGGAACCAUGAUGGCCUGGUCCCCCUUCUUCCUUUGAACUAUAAAACCGAAGACAGGAUCGUGGUCUGGAUGGAAGAGACACUAUGAUCACAGAAUUCCUGUCCUUGCUUUGCCUCGGGCUUUCCAUGGGCUUUGAAGACGAGAAAAAGAAUGAGACGCUUACCAAGCCCUACCUCAGUGCCUUGCCCAGCCCAGUGGUUGAAUGGGGAGGUAACGUGACCUUGAGGUGCCAGGGUCACUUCCAGAAUGUGACAUUCAUGCUGGGGAAGCUGCAGGACUCUGGGUACAGAGAGGAGCAGAGGUCUGCAGGACACACAGCUGAAUUCUUCCUCACUAACCUGGAGCCAAAGGAUUCUGGGACAUACUUUUGUGCCUACAAGACAAUGGCCUCCCAGGAGUGGUCGGAGCAAAGUGAGCACUUGCAGCUGGAGGUCACAGACGACCGUGGUAAGCACAGAGCUCCUCCAGCAGGAAAAGCCUCCGGGUCCGUCAUUGCCGCCACCUGCAGCUGUCUUUCUAUCGUGAUCCUCUUCCUCUCCAUCUUCUUCAUCAACAGAUGCACCCAGGAUGGUUCGUCACAUGAAGAAUCCACCAAGAGAACCAGCCAUUCCAUAGUUCCCCAGCAGGAGGCUUCGGAGUCACCUGAGCUGGAAAGGAUAUCUGUCUUGGCGGAAAGACCCCCAGGGAGUGAGCCAUGCUGACCGAGACCCCAAGGCAGCACCUGAGGCAGCUCUGUCCCCCGCCUCGAGCGCCCAGGAUCCGCUGAACGAGCCGUGUUGCAGAAUCCCUGGAAGAAGGAGAACGUGGCUUAAGAUGGUGGAGAUGACUGGACACGUGGAAACCAGGCCACCGUGUGUCCCUCGGCUCGUAAUCCAUAGGAAUAAAAUUAAGCUUCUGCCUUUCUGCUUCCACA